AUGUCUGCCGACCUCGACGGCGACUCCGAAAUGCUCUCUUCCUCCGGCUCCGAAUCCCCCAUCGGCGCUCGCACACCCACAUUCGACAAACCCAUCGAACUCUCACCUCCCGGCUCACAAACAGCAUCUCACCACGAAAGCUUUGGCGGCGCUGGUAAUGCGCUUGUAUCUGCAUUUGGUGCCGGCACCUCAUCCUUCACAUCCGCGUUUGACAAGUUAGCUGGAGACGGGAACAAGUCGGGGGCCCAAGGAAAAGAUGCGCCUGGUGCGUCAUGGAACAAUCAGCGGGCGCAGGAGGAGUUUAAUAGGGCUUUGGAGAAUGUGGUAGAUAGGGAGUUUAGUUUGGGCGAAUUUGGAGACCCGUUUGAUGAAUCGGAUAUGUUACAAGGCCAAGCUUGA